AUGGAACCCAAUCCAGAUUCUGCAUCCUUGGCCCAGCAAGUUCAAGCUCUUGCGGCCACCAUUGAAGAACUCACCAAGCAAAACCAAGAAAUGAAGCUACAACUCCAGCAGGUCCAACAGGCUCAACAGGAAGAGAACCAGUCCAAAGAUAACCUGGAGGGAGAAGGGGAUAGCCACAAGAUGAGAGGGCAGCGUCUAAAGAGGUCGGCGGACCACUUACUCACCAUUAGGCAGGGAGAGAAGGAAACUCUGAGGUUGUACGUGAAACGCUUUACUCGAGAGACUCUGGAGGUGGACGAAGCUGAUGACAAGGUGCAGCUGACGACCUUCAAAGCGAGACUGAGAUCCAGAGAUCUUGUGGCCUCCCUCGCAAAGAAUCCACCAAAAACAAUAGCAGAAAUGCUCCUGAAGGCACAGAAGUACAUGAAUGCAGAAGAUGCUUUAGCAGCUAUAAAGUAUGUAAAGAAGCCAGGAGACAAGGCAAAGAAGGAAGACGAUCAUAGGGGUCAAAAGAGGGAGCGCCCAGAUCGUCGGAACAAUGACGAGAACAGGAGAAAAGAUGAUAAAGGUCCUCGGACGAUCAAGGACGAGCACUACCUCAAAUGGCUAAGACCAUUACACUCAUCCCCUAGCAUCUACGAUAAGAACAAGGACCUAAAGGAGCAAAUAGAGGAGUUGAUACAGAAAGGGAAAUUACAGAAGUAUGUGAAGAAAGGGGAAUAUAGUAAGUUCAAGGAUGGUAAUAAAAGCCAGCAUAGGUCCUCUUCCCAGGAUGACCGCUCGUCCCAACCUCCACAGGAUGUGAUCGGGGAGAUAAAGACGAUUACAGGAGGGCCCUUCUCAGGAGGAUCAUUUAAAUCCCUCAAGAAAGCAUAUCAGAGGCAGGUAAACAGUAUCCACACGAUACCUCCGUCUAAGCAACAACGAACAGACCGGGACGUGUCCUUUAAUGAAGGGGACGCCAGGGGAAUGAAGCAGCCCCACAAUGACCCUUUGGUUAUAAUGCUGAAUAUAGAGGGAUUCAAUACCAAGAGGAUCCUUGUGGACAACGAUAGCUCCGCAGAUAUCAUUUACCUCCCUGCCUUCCAGCAGCUGAGGCUAGAUCUAAGGAGAUUGCACCCAUUUGACUCUCCCUUCGUUAGUUUCAGCGGAGACAGGGUAUACCCCAAGGGCAUAAUGACGUUAACAGUGAUGGUGGGGACCUACCCGGUGCACUUGACCCAUCAGUUAGAUUUCCUAGUGGUGGACUGCCCCUCAUCCUACAAUGUCAUCAUUGAGAGGCCCACGCUUAACAAAUGGAAAGCGGCCACGUCCACCUACUGUUUAAAGGUGAAAUUCCCAACAGAUAAGGGUGUCGGCGAAGUAAAAGGAGAUUAA